AUGUCAGAGCUAGCAGCUCAUGGUGCGACUGGACUCGGAAAGGCUGACAAGCCUAACGCAGGCUUGCCUCGUGUUCCUCUGGCUCCAUCGCCGACCCGCAGGGACUCCACAAUCCAAUCCGACGCCCAUGUGUCACCUGCAAAUCACCCUGCGGAACUAGCAGAUUACCCGUUGAGCCGAAAAUCCAUGGCUCAGCAGGAUCAGUGGGGCGUGCAGGCACGUCAGUUCUUUCCUCAUCGGGAUACCACUUCUACAGUCUCACCACAAGGCGUUCGCAUGGAAGGUCAUGCAAGGGUUCUCAUCGAGGCGAGAGCAUAG